AAGUGAUUGCUCAUAAUACAUCUGUAAGAUGUUUGUGAUGUAAAACCGACAUCUUUAAGACGUCUAUCAGAUGUAUGUUCACAGCAGAUGUGUUCUUUAACUUUAACAGACAUCUUGAAGAUGUGCUCUGGGUUUGCUGAGUAAAGAGCUGUGCGAUCGAAUCAAUUCAUCGGAACGAACCGAUUCACUUCAACGAGUCGGACUCCCCGACGCGAAGGCACGUCAUGAAUAUUAAUUAGCUCAACCGCCUAUGGCUUAGCUAGACUACUGAAUAUUUAAAAAAUGACCUUCUUGGUAACCAUCCUAAUGCCUCGUGAACGAGUCUUCGCAGUAAUAAAAUCCGAGAGCAAAGAGGAACAGAAAUCCUUUUUAAAUCCGCGGGUCGCGAUUGGGCGCGUGCACAACACACCUCCUCCUCACCAACACCCAUCCAUCAUCUAUUAUCCACCCAGAACCCGCUGCACAAGCAGAGCCGGUGCACCCAGCAGGUGCCAGACAAGCUAGGAGGUGAAAUUUUCCACUACGACCCGAUUAGUGACUUACAGCUGGCGCAGACUCGAGCUCCCUGCUGCGUUACCGCUACACCGCAUCACCUCCUCACAGACAUUCAGCACAGGACAGGCCCGAGGAACUAAAGCAGGUUUGAGCUCAUCUCAUCUAAACGAACACAGCUUCAAGCAGUGAUGGACUUCCUUGCUGGAUGCAUAGGAGUUUGUAGCAAAGGACAUGUUUUGAUUGGUCAGGAUGGACCAACGCCUUCGGUCUAGGCUGACUCCCAUCGACCCGAGGCCAUGUGCGUCCAGCCAUGUGGAUCCCUGAGGAGUCAUUGGUCUCCUUGGCAUGGAGCAGUAACCGCUGAUAUGUAAUACCCUGUGCUGCCGGGGUCCUCGUCGGACAUCCUUUCGACACAGUUAAGGUUCGUCUUCAGGUCCAGAGUGUUGAUAAACCACUUUACCGAGGCACUUUUCAUUGUUUCCAGUCCAUCAUACGUCAAGAAUCAAUGCUUGGUCUUUAUAAAGGCAUUGGGUCGCCCAUGAUGGGCCUUACGUUCAUCAACGCCAUCGUCUUUGGUGUUCAGGGCAACACCAUGCGUAUGUUAAGCAAGGAUACACCUAUGAACCAGUUCCUAGCCGGAGCGGCGGCUGGCGCCAUCCAGUGUGUGAUCUGCUGCCCGAUGGAACUGGCCAAGACCCGAAUGCAGAUGCAAGGAACAGGCGAGAAGAAGUCGUCCUCUCGGAAGGUCUACAAAAACUCACUGGAUUGCCUAGCUCGCAUUUACCAGCGCGAGGGUUUGCGAGGAGUCAACCGAGGAAUGGUUACAACUCUUAUCCGGGAGACACCGGGCUUCGGCGUUUAUUUCCUCACGUACGACCUCCUGACGCGUUCGCUGGGAUGCGAGCCGGAAGAUCCGUACAUGAUUCCCAAACUGCUGUUCGCCGGCGGGAUGUCGGGAAUCGCAUCUUGGCUUUCGACGUACCCGGUGGAUGUGAUAAAAUCCCGGCUUCAGGCCGACGGGGUCGGAGGAAAGUACCAGUACAGUAGCAUCAUGGACUGCACGAGGAAGAGCAUCCAGCGCGAAGGUUGGCGUGUUUUCACACGCGGACUUACUUCCACUCUUCUACGGGCUUUUCCAGUUAACGCAGCCACUUUCGCAACGGUCACCCUCUUCCUUUUGUACGUACGUUCGGAUGACGCUCCGAAAGAUUGCGAAGCUGCUCCAGGUACACAUCACGCGCCAUUGCAGCAACAAGUGCAACCAUCCAGUCUGUGAGUAACCUCAUCUCUCUGGGAUAUCAACUAGCUUGACGCGUAGCACUUCCCAAAUCAUGGCUGACCUGUUACUAAACGAACAGUUGCUGUGCAGUGAGCACAUCUGUCCACUGUAAAUGGAAUUGCACAACUUCUAUCUGUACACUGACUUGAGCUUUGCAUUUGUAAAUAUUUUUUUUAUAUUCAAUUCAAUAUAUAUAUAUAAUUAUAGUGUCCCUGUGGCUCAAGUGGUAGAGCAUUGCGUAGCAAGCGCAAGGUUGGGAGUUUGAAUCCCGGGGAACACAUGUUAGGAAAAGUUGUUAGACUGAAUGCAAUGUAAGUCGCUUAAGAUAAAAGCGUCUGCUAAAUGCAUAAAUGUAAAUUUAACAAACACUUCCCUGUGUCUGCCUUAUGAGAGAUGAAAGAAUCCGACCUCUGAAAGUAAGAAUUUGCAUGUUGAUGUAGUCAACUACUUUUGUUGUUACUUGGGGAAAACUAGAAAAACUUGCUUCGACAUUGCAAAUUAUUGCUACACUGAAGAGAAACCAGUGUCUAAACAAAUCCUCCAAAGCAUAUAUCAAGUUUAGCUAGGCUGGACACCAAUUGAUGUGAAUGAAAAGAGGCUGUAAUGUGUAGACGUGUGGAUGUAGGUUGUGCCUUCUUAAGGUUAUAGUUAUUUCCAGAGGUUUCUGGUCAACUGUAAAUUCAUUUUUGGAAAGGUAGUUACCAAGGUCCUUCUCAGCCUUGUUUUUGUUUGCAUCUAAUCUAACAUGGUCUCUACCCUGACUAAGUUAAAGCCCCGGACAUAAGAUACAAUUUGUAAGGUCAACUCCACCAAGACUUGGACUAAUAUGAUUCUGGCCCUGGAGAAUAUAGUCUUUGUUAUUAUGAUGUUUUAAUCUGAGGAGUGAGAACCUCCUUUUAGUGGAAGCUGCUGGUGAAAUUGCCUAAAAGGUUACAAUAUCUUGGCCCACUUUUAAAGCUGUGUAAUGAAUAUAGUAGACACCAAUGUUCCGAAGUUUCUAAAUCACUAUUGUGAUGUAUGAGGAACUGUUGAUAUUGUCUACUUCAAAAUGUAUUACCUUGUUGCUGGUGUACUGAAAAGAGAAUGAACCAAAGUUUUUUUUGUCUGACAAAUCAAAUUCUGUCCCCUCAGUGUAAGUCUUCUGCCCUAGACUUAUGGUUUAUUAUCUAUAAAAUUAAUGAAGUAUUUGCAUGUUUUCUGUAACUUAUUAAAGUGUUGGGAUACAAGUUGUAUCGGCCCCAUUGGAGGUCCACUGUAUCUAUAUCUAUACUGCUAUUAGAGUUUUAAAUGACCUGCUGUGUUCAAGUAACAUCUUUUGAUUGACUGACGCAUGUGGGUUGUCUCUUGAGUUAUACUGUAAGAUCAAUAUAUUUUAUGAUCGUGUGUAUCGACGCUGGAAUUUUCUCAGCAUACAGAAAUUAAUGGAUUUGCAUAUGUUAGAUUUCAAAGUACUGAAUGUAAGAGACUAAAACAUACACGUGGGAUAGGAGUGUAUAACAGACAGAAGAUGUUUCUGUAACGGUUACAGAUUGUUUGUUGUAUUAAAUGUAAAUAUGUAGUAUUUCAUUAAAAAGGGAAGUUUAGAUAGAUUCAUUGAAAACUAAAUAUGUUGUGUGUGAUGUCUGUGAGAGAUGUAAAUAAACUGUAUGUUAUGGAGCUAGAUUGGUUGCAGAAGUACUAAAGUGGUUUUAAUUUGAUUAGUUUUCUUUCUUUUUCAUGUUCGUUGUUACUGCCGUUGCUGAACAGAUUGAACUGUACUGAAUCGAAUAAAAUGUUCGUCCUAUUUUUGUAUAAAAAACUGUUCUGUGCUGCUCCCAAGUGGUUGGCCUCAAACAAUUUACCAAUUGUUUUUGGUCAUCUAAAAUAUGUGAAAAUAAAUGGGAUAACUAAUAA